GCCUCAGCCACGGGCCGGGAUGGCAUGCUGAAGCUACUUGCCAAAGGGGUGGAAGUCUCCAACUACACCUCCCUCUGCCUCCCCGAUGAUCUUGAAGAGAGAGGUGUCUCCUCCUUACCCAACUUCUACUACCGGGACGAUGGGAUGAAGAUCUGGGCCGCCAUCGAGAAAUUUGUCUCCGGCAUUGUUGAAUUCUACUACAAAUCCGACGGCGCCGUGAAAGAGGAUCCCGAACUCCAAGCCUGGAUCCAUGAGAUCUUCACGGAAGCUUUCUUGAGUCGGGAAUCUUCAGGUAUUCCAUCCACCUUCGACAGCAAAGCUGAGCUGAUUAAAUUCCUCACCAUGGUCAUCUUCAACUGCUCUGCCCGACAUUCGGCAGUCAACAGUGGACAGUUCGACUUUGCUGCCUGGAUGCCCAAUACGCCGGCCACUUUGAGACAGCCUCCGCCAACAGUCAAGGGCACGGCCUCCUUGAAGAGCAUCUUGGAGACCUUCCCUGAAGUCAACUCCACUUGUGCCUUGUUGUCACUGCUGUCCAUCGUCAGCUACGAGCCAGGAGACCUGAGACCUCUGGGCCACUACCCAGAAGAACAUUUCACUGAGGAGAUGCCCAAAAACCUCAUUGCCGAUUUCCGGAAACGCCUGGCGGUCAUUUCCGAAGAAAUUGAGGAGAGGAACCAAGCUUUGCCCAUUGGCUACCACUAUCUCGACCCUUCGCUGGUGCAAAACAGCGUCUCCAUCUAACGGCCAAGCCCCACACACCGCCGAAGGCAGAAGAAGCGAAGAUGUUACCUGGAAUUUGAUCACGUUUUUUGACCGUCGCGGGGAAAAACCAUCUUCU